AAAGAGGAGGCCUCUGCUGCAGAAAACAACCCUUCGCGGGUGCCACAGGGGAAACCAGGAGAGCGGAGCUCCAUCCUCUAUUCUGCUGGGCAGUUUUUCUUCGAGUACUUGGUGGUGGUGUCGCUGAAGAAGAUGUCAGAUGGACAUUACGAACCCAAGAUAACCUACCAGUUCCCAAAGCGUGAGAACUUGCUGAAGGGCCAGAAGGAGGAGGAGGAACGUCUCUUGCAAGCCAUCCCCCUCUUUUGCUUCCCCGACGGCAACAACUGGGCCCCUGUCACUGAGUUCACCAGCGAAACCUUUUCUUUCGUCCUGACCAACGUGGAUGGCAGCAGGAAGAUCGGCUACUGCAGGCGGCUGCUGCCAUCCGGCCGUGGUGUCCGCCUCCCUGAGGUCUUCUGCAUCAUCAGCUGCCUGGGCUGCUUCGGGCUCUUCUCCAAGAUCCUGGACGAGGUGGAGAAGAGGCGCCAGAUCUCCAUGGCGGUGAUUUACCCCUUCAUGCAGGGCCUUCGGGAAUCGCCCUUCCCAGCUCCAGGGAAAACCGUCACAAUUAAAAGCUUCAUCCCUGAGUCAGGCACGGAGCUCAUCAAGCUCACGCGGCCCGUGGACGCCCACCUGGAGCACGUGGAGUUUCAGGCUCUGCUCCAGCGGCUCAGCCCCCACCUCAUCCUGCACAUCUUUGCCUCCGCCGUGUUGGAGCGACGGCUCAUUUUCCUGGCGGAGGAGCUGAGCGUCCUGUCGCAGUGCAUCCACGCGGUGGCUGCUCUCCUCUACCCCUUCACCUGGGCUCACACCUACAUCCCUGUGGUCCCCGAGUGCCUGCUCGACACCGUCUGCUGCCCCACGCCCUUCAUGGUCGGCAUCCAGAUGCGGCACCUGGAGCGGGUCCUGGACCAGCCGAUGGAGGAGGCUCUGAUAGUUGACCUCUGCAAAGGGAAGAUCCUCCGGGCGGUCGGCGAUGAGGAGGAGAUCUUGCCCAUCAAGCUGCAGAAUGAGAUGCUGACGUCUCUGAACAGGCACAACAACAACAACAACAUACACACAUCCGAGCAGGUGAACACGCUUGUCUCCGAAGCCUUUGUGCAGUUCUUUGUCCGAACGGUUGGCCACUAUGCCUCGCACAUCAAGUGGAGUAAAAACGGCUCGGGCACCUUCCAGGAGCGAGCCUUCUGCAAAGCCAUCGCCUCCAAGACCAACCGCAAGUUUGUGAAGAAGUUUGUGAAGACGAACAUGUUUUCCCUAUUUAUUGAGGAAGCGGAAAAGAGCAGGAUCCCCCAGGAAGCGUAUUUCCAGCAGAAAAUAACAGAGUACCACGAACAGAAGAAGCACCGAAGGGACUCCUGAAGUCCAGCCUGGGAACACAGGAGCAGGGCUGGGACUGAGCAGGUCCCCGCCAGCGGCACCACGCUGCGCAGACUCGUCACGUGCCCCGUCCAAGGGCAGAGCACUCUGGACUCUGCUGGAUCUGUCCGCCGGUUCCUGCCCAUCUGUGACUCAUGAGAUGCGUGGGCAGCACCGAACACCAGUUUCUACCCUUUCUUUUUUCCUCAGGGCAUCAUUGCACUGGAAAACUCUUUUGCACAGAGCUAGCAAGCAGGCUGUGAUUUCUUUUCCAAUCUUGCUAGCAACAGGGACAAACUGCAACUCAGUGCCUGGCCCCGCGCAGAGUCUUUGGCCCCAUCAGGACCUCACGCAGCGAGGGAGGGAAGUCAAGGAGCUGGCUGCAAGACAACAAACUUUGUAGAGUAACUGUUAGAGGGGGGGCAAAAAAAAAAAGGAUGAGUAGGAAAUAGUGUUAUUUCUAAUUAAAACAAACCUAGGUUUUGCAAAUAAGUAACAUCCUAUUGAAUAAGUUUCCCAGGUUUCUAUUAUUAACAACUGUUUCACUUUAUUUUCUGUCAAGAUAUGCUCAUUGUUAAAUACCGGCAGGAACAGUCGUGGUGGAUUUUAGCUGUUUCCUCUAUAGCGGCUGUCUGCUUCGUUGGUACCACUUAGAGCCCAGUUUAGCUCUUUAAAGAAACAAAAAUAUUCUUUUCCAACAGGUUAUUUAUUUGUGCUGUAAGCAAACUGUGAAGGCCACAGGGCUGUGUUUUGUAGUAGAGGGAAACUGUGGAUCAACAGCUUUGGAUAGGGAGGAAGUAUUUGUUAAAUCCAGUAGUAAAACAUGUCGACGUCCUCCUUGUUUCUGGUUUUGAUGCCAACUUCUUUUAAAACCUUGCAGUUCAUUGAAGCACCGUCUCUGAAAUGUGAUGCCUGCAGCAGAUUUAAAGCUAAAUUAUGGUUCUCCCCCUUUCCUGAUGCACUCAUCCAGGGAAUAAAUAUUGCAGCAGGGGAAGCUGGUGCUGGCUGUAGAUCUGCCUGGUUCCCUCCCAGGCAAACCAGGGCCAGAUACUUCUCCCAGCAAGGGCCGGGGUCAAAGGCAGAGCUUCAUCCUCCUCUCUGGGAUGUUAUAGCCAAGCUGCCGUAUCACUCAGUACGCACUAGACGUGCACACAUGCAGAUGUUAUCAAAAAUAUAGUUUAAUACAACUUUUGCAGUGGUAUGGAAUGCCACGGUGAGAGAUUUUACAUAAACACUAAAAAAUGAGCAGGCUGACUGCCAGACAGCUUUCACUUUCAGAGCUAUUGAACAUGUAACGAAAACAAGACAGAUGCAAAGGGCAUUUAUUUUAGAAGUAACUAUUUGUGCAGUGACGCACAAAUGUGACAGAAACACAGCUGGACAAAGGGUACAAACUGAACAGCAAUGAAACUCUCUAGCCCUGCUGAAAGAAAAUUGUUGAUUUUUGUUCAGCCCCCAUGUCUGUUUGGAGGGGGGAACAAGACUUAUUUGUUAGAGGAAAAAAAAAAAAGGGGGGGGGAGGGAUUUUUGGCACUGUGGGUAUCUUCCCUGGCUCCACAAGUUCCCCCU